GCGCUGUGACGUGUGCAUAGGAAAUGGCCACGCAAGCGCGUGGAAUCAUAACAUUGCAUUUGUAGUCUCUUUACUCAUCCUCGGAUUUUUCUUUUCCACCCAUUUCAUUUCUCUUUUUCGAUGAAGGAUAUUUUGAACUAUUUUGGAGAAGCAGAAUUUAGAGAAAAACUUGAAUAUUUGUUUUGCAGCGCUGUGAAAACAUGAGGCGGGUCACUGUGAGAGCUAACCAGCAGCUACUAGCAUUAGCUAGCAAAUGGCUGCUCAGCUGUGAUGUCUGUCACUGUCAGAAAUGACAAGACGACGUGCAAAAUAGUGAAGCUGCUGGGAAGCUGUGAGCUGCACAGAGAGACGGUCAGCUAACAGCAUGUGACACAGAAGCCCCUCUGCUCGCCAAAGAGUUGGUCUGAAUCGAGAUGCCUCGUCUGGAAGAGCUGGCCAACGUCGCCCUGAGGGUGCCGAGCAUCCUGGUGCUGGACCUGCUCUACAAAUGUGACAUUGAAGGUUUAACGGAGCACCUCAAGGCCAAAAACGAAGACAUGCUCUUCAAGUAUAAAUAUGUCAUCUGGAAUAUGUACUACAUAGGUCAUCUGAUAAAUUUGGUGGUGUUAGUUCUGCCGUUGAGACACAUUGUGACGCUCUACCUCCACAUCCUCGCUGCCCUCCUCCUGUACAUGGGGCAUCAGAUUUCCAAGGAUUAUGUUCGUGAGGAGCUGCAGUACGGCUAUGAGGGAGCAGUGUAUCUUGAUUCUUUGGCCUUCAACAGAUUUGUCUCUGCGAUGACUAGUCAGAUUAUUCUCAGCACGCUGUGUGCCUUCCUGAUGAAGACCAGAAAGGUGUGGCUGUUUUCUGCUCACAUGCUCCCCCUGCUGGCUCGACUCUGCGCUGCUCCUCACGCUACGCUGCUAACGGUCAACACAUUCUCUAUGGGCCUGACUGGAGCUGGGAUCGCCGUGUUCCUCCUCUCAAAUCUCUUUGUGCCAUACCGCCUCGCAAGGGCUGCCUACUCAGAGCUGCUUCACCUGGAGGUGAUUGAGCUGUACAGACUCCUGGCGGUGGGAAUCUCUCUGUGGAACCAGUUUGCCGUCCCAGUGCUCUUCAGUGUCUUCUGGUUUGUUCUGUUCGUCGUCCAGCUGUGCUCAGACACCAUGUCAGCCAGCGCCUCAGCGACCCAUCAGGGAAUCAUGUUCUUCCUGCUCACAAGCGUCUCUGAAUGUUGUGCCACACCGUACUCUCUCCUGGGUCUGACCUUCGUGGUGUCCUAUCUGGCUCUCGGGCUGCUCAACUUAUGCAAGUUCUACCUGGGAGGUUAUGCAGCUGUUCAGAAUGAGAAUGUCAUGCACAGAGGCGUUACUGAAGGCGUCACUCUGCUGCUGCUCGCCCUCCAGACCGGCCUGUUGGAUAUGCAGGCUCUGCAGCGCACCUUCCUCCUCAGCAUCAUCCUCUUCAUCGUGGUGACUUCAACCCUGCAGUCGAUGAUAGAAAUAACAGACCCGGUUAUUCUGGCUCUGGGCGCAUCACGCAACAGGAGUCUGUGGAAACAUUUCCGUGGCCUCAGCAUGUGUCUGCUGCUGCUGGUUUUCCCGGUGUUUAUGGCUUAUAAAAUCUCCCAGUUCUUCCACAUGGACUUCUGGCUGCUGAUCCUGGUGUCCAGCUGCAUGCUGACCUCCCUUCAGGUUACGGGCACGAUGCUGAUCUACUCCCUCUUCAUGGUGGAGCUGUUCCGCAGCGACCCGAUCGAGAGCCUGGACGAGGUGAUCUAUUGGGUGAACGCCGUCAGCCGGGUGCUGGAGUUCGUGGUGGCGCUCUGCGUGGUGGCGUACGGCACCUGGGAGUCGCUGUUCGGGGAGUGGAGCUGGAUGGGCGCCUCCGUCAUCAUCAUCCACUCGUACUUCAACGUCUGGCUCCGAGCUCAGUCCGGCUGGAGGAGCUUCCUGCUCCGACAGGAAGCGGCCAAGAAGAUCAACUCGCUGCCCAGAGCCACGACUCAGCAGCUGCAGCAGCACAACGACGUCUGCUCCAUCUGUUUCCAGGAAAUGAGCUCUGCUGUGAUCACCUACUGUGGACAUUUCUUCCAUGGAAACUGCCUCCGCAAGUGGCUGUAUGUUCAGGAAACAUGUCCGAUGUGUCACCAAACGGUUCGGCCGACACCUUCAGCUCAGAGCCAGGCUUCAGGAGACGCCCCGGCAGCUCCGCCUCAGAGAGAUGAAGAUCCAGAUCCGGUUGCACAAGAAGGAGAACGGGACCCAGACGGCGGCAGCAACGGCGGGACUCAGGACAGUGACGAUUUAACUCCUGAGCAGCAGCAGCAGAAGGAGGAGGAGGAGGAGCAGAGUGAAAACAAAAACCAGCCGGCUGAACCUCACAGCGACGCCGUCCAAGGUUUUCGUUUCAGCUCCAGCGGAGACUUUGUAGGAUUCGUCAGCCCAGUUUCUUCAGGUUGUAACGUGCUGCCAGGUACGACUUCUAAUACGCACAAUCAUGACGGGCGAGACGAAGACUCACCGCUGCCAUCGAAUCCCGACGCUGUGAAUGAAAACACAGCCGAGGACCGGCAGUCUGACUCUGAAUUAUCAGGACCGGAGGACGGCGUCGCUCUUCAUUGUAAAUCACGGAUUGAUUCAUCAGAGGCAAAUAAUUCUGAGGCUGGUUCGAGCCUCCCUGGUAGCCAAACGUCUGUCAAAUCAUGUCAUCAGAACUCAGAAAAUCCUCAAAGUCACAACGGCACAAUUUCAGGCUUUGACGGGCUCAGAGAGGCCAGAUCGUCGCCACAGAUCCUCCAGCCGUCUUCCUCGGACGCCACCUUCACUUGCACAAGCACAGACAGCAGCGACUGACUGCCCUGCAUCAGUGCCUUGAAGGGAGUAGAAGGGUGAUUCUCCACAACGGGGGAGUUAAACACAUUUGCCUUCCGUAUGUGAACAAAUGGGAAAAACAAAAAAAACAUGUAUCUUCUACCAGACAGUGGAAUGAAUGUGCUUCAGUUUAGCAAAUGUCUGGACUGAUCAUGAGACUAAAUUGUGAUGAAUCAUUGUAAAGAAGUUAAUAAUAAUCACGUGUAACUACAAAUCAAUGUAUUCUGAAUCCUAGCAGGUUACAAGUAAAGACGUUUACUUGGAGAAGCAGCAGUUUGGGUUAUUUUAAUUUCAGUUUUUUUUCCUCGUAGUCCUUCAUGUGUAGCAUCUUUGUGAAAGCAAACGUGGCAAAAAGCUUCAGCGGUCGUCUUUGUUAUUCAUGAAUCAGCCUUUUGUACUGCAAAUAUUCUCUGUCUCCCUCCCAGUAUUAAAUUACUGCUGUGAA